UAAAGCUAGAAGCUUUCCUCUGCUGCCUGGCUCCCUUAAAAGCAGCAGAGCAAGCCCCGAGGAUCCCGGUGGAGCGCUGCCGGCUUGCGAGGCGGACAGAAAUGGGGAGGAAGGCGCUGGCGGGAGCCCGGCAGAGGAGGCUGGUGCUGUGCAGAGGGGUGUGAUGCUAUCCUAUGAAUCCUAAACCCGGUGUUCAUUGAUGCUGAUCUUCCAAAGCAACACGAAACCAAACCCCAAAAGAAAUCACUGAGGGGGAAAAAGUGCAACACGAGAGGUAAAAUGAAAAACCGGCCUUUUGAGAAUAACUGCUGGGAGCUGUGACAAACCAAGAGACCAGAGGAUUACUACACAGCUCCUGAAGAUUCUCAUCUAAGGCGUUGGUUCGGCCUUCCAGCAAGUGUAUGCUGAGGUUCAGCAGCCAAGGAUGGAAGUGCUACGCCGUUCCUCAGUCUUUGCUGCAGAGGUGAUGGAGGUUUUUGACAGGUCUCCCACUGACAAGGAGCUUGUGUCCCAAGCCAAGGCUCUCUGCAGAGACUACAUAAAUUCGAGGCUAAUUCGAGCGGGCGUCAGCUGGAGCAAACCUGAGUAUAACGCACCGGUGCCUGGUGGUAAGCUGGCUGAGGUGUCCACCAUACUGCUGCGACUAGGAGAUGAGCUGGAAUACAUUCGCCCCAACGUCUACCGGAAUAUCGCCCGCCAGUUGAACAUCUCGCUGCACUCGGAGACGGUGGUGACGGAUGCCUUCCUGGCAGUAGCUGCGCAGAUCUUCACUGCAGGCAUAACGUGGGGCAAGGUGGUGUCUCUCUAUGCUGUGGCAGCGGGGCUGGCAGUGGACUGUGUGCGGCAUGCACAGCCGGCCAUGGUUCACACCAUCGUAGACUGCCUGGGAGAGUUUGUCCGCAAGACCUUGGUGGCAUGGCUGAAAAGGAGAGGAGGCUGGGCAGACAUCACAAAAUGCGUGGUGAAUAGUGACCCCAGCCUUCGCUCCCACUGGCUUGUGGCCGCUGUUUGCAGCUUUGGUCACUUCCUCAAGGCUAUCUUCUUCGUCCUGCUUCCUGAGAGAUGAAUCUGAGCCACCAAGUGCAGCCCCCCUGCCCCAUCUCCUCCCCCACUCCAGAAGCAGUGGUAAUGGCAAUCUCUGAAGAGGAGGAAGAGAAGAACCGGGACAAACGAAAGGCUUGUUCUCCUCUCCCUUCAGCUGGGAGCAGAUGAUCAACCACAGUCUCCUUUUUUGCAGCCACAGGACCCUAUCUCACCAUUAAUCCUUUCAAGAGCCUUGUUUCCCUGGGUGACUCGUGUGUGCAGCCUGGACACUGCCAGCCCCCGGGCACACUGACUGCAGCUGUGUGCAGUGUGGGCUAGCAGGCAUCUGUUCCUUACUGCUGUGUUGCAUGCUUAUGUUAGUGCCAGGCAGAGGGGAGGAGGAAGGGGAUAUUAUUUGCAAUGGGAUAGAAAAUAAGAAAGGGGAGGGUCCCUCCUUUGCUCCAUGUGAUUCCCCUUUCAGUCCUCAGACUCACCUUGUGUGGAUUCUUGUCGUUACGUUUGUGCUUAAACUCCAUCUUCUCCUUCAUACCUAACUCUUGCCUUGCUGGGCUCUGCCCCCCAGCACAGCAUGGUGGAGGGGUUAACGCAGCUGUGGGAUUUUAAUGUGAUAGAAACAAACAUAUUGUCAUCAGGUGCUUCUCCCUGACCUAUCCUGGAAAUAAAACUGCGUGGCUGCGUGAGGGGCAGGACUGGAGGGCAGUGGCAUGUGAUGCAGAUUGCAAGUGUAUUUCGUUGACCCCUGUUACCGCGUUCACGCGCCAGUUCAAACAGGAGAGCACGAGGGGCAACACCUUCAAGCAGCGACUCGGGAUUGAAUUUCAAAAUGAAGAAAAAUGUUUUCCCCACUGAGAUUGUCAGCAGAGCUAAGCAUGUAAGUAGGAAAGGCUUGGGGGCACGGGCAGGAAUUAGGGAAAUGGUAAGUGAACUGUCUGGUGUUGUGAAGGGUUGGAAAGCUGUGUCAAAAGUAUCUGGUUUAUGUUUCUCCUUUAAUGUCUUUGGAAGUACAACUCGCAGUCAUCUUUGUGGCAAACAAUAAAAGAAAAUAGGUGGUGUUUCACUAUUGCAAA